AUGUUUCACACAGUGUCUUCAAAACUGGGUACUUCUUAUGUUCUAAGUGAACAUGAGACUCUUCGCACAUUGAAUCCCAAGAAAAGUACCGAAUUGUUGCAAACUGCGAAAGCCAAACCCCCUAUCAGAGAAGACCCCACGAAUGGAUGGCAGAAGAUUCGCAUUAAACUUGUUACUGAUCAUUUAAAAAAGGGUCGCUCUUGUUCAGAUAAGGUCAAUGGUAAGAUUGAAACCUUAUUGAAGAAAGAAUUUACUUGCACAGAUCAUGAUGUUUUGACCCCAGAAAAAGAGAAAAUUCUUGUUGAAGAGAUUCUUCCUGAGGCAAUUAAACUGCACGAGGAACGUCUUUUGGUUGAACCUUUGAAGGGUCCUAUUGUCAUGCCGAAGUUCUCCAAGCCAAAUGCUCUUUGUUCCCAGUUCACUAUACCAACAGAUGGUGGAAGUACGGGAAUUUCCGGUUAUGAUAUGGUCCUGUUUGCUGCUGCAGAGCCGACGCCUGAGGAAACAUUCGCGUGGGCGGCAACAUGUGCGACAUUAGGUCCUAAUGGCCGUCCAGUUGUUGGAAUCAUUAAUUACGGUCCACGGUAUAUUGUGGGCACACCACAGCGUGUCCGCGUUGCUGCUCAUGAGAUUGCCCAUGCACUUGGUUUCAAUUUCGAGCUGAUGAAGAUGGAUAGGUUGGUGGGUAAAGUUGAUUCUUUGCGCGAUAAAGAAGAUGUUUUUGUUGUUUCUGCAGAUAACACACGGAGAGAGACUAUGAAGCAUUAUAACUGUGAUUCGGCAGAAGGCAUGGAACUGCAAGGUGUGGCGUUUGUAAGUGGAACAACAUUAACCGCAAGAGCAUCAACCAUCCUCGCUCAGGUUGCAAGUAUACAAGAGGAAUAUGUGCUGGGAAAAUCACACAGUAAUGUUAUGGAUGGUCGUUUGCCAGGGGAGGAGUCUGUUGGCAGUGUUGUGCAAGAGAGACGUGAAGAAGAGGGUUCCAGUGCUGCCAAGUUUACACAGAAUGUACAUCAUUCAUCACAUGUGUUUUCAAAAAGACAUUCACUACACGUUCAAGCUGCAGUGACCGCAUCUGAACCCUCGAGCGAAUGCACUGAUGAUAAAAAGGUGGAGACUGAGAAGGGUAGUAAAAUGUGUAUUGUUGAGGCACCUACGUUUAUGUCAAACCACGGAAGUAAGAUGACACGUUCUCACUGGAGUCGUCGUAUUGCAAAGGAUGAGUUAAUGGCUGGUCUCGUCGGUGCUGGUUACUACACCGCAAUUACAAUGGGAGCUUUCGCUGAUCUGCGCUACUACAAAGUUAAUUGGGCAAUGGCAGAGCAGAUGAGUUGGGGCAAUAACUCUGGAUGUGGAUUAUUGGAGGAUAAGUGCGUUAACAGCGGGGAAACCCAGUUACCCAACAUGUUCUGCACAUCCACAUCCACUGACAGUUCUGAGUCACUGCAGUGCACAUCUGACCGCCAGUCGCUGGGGAGGUGCAGCAGCAUUGGAGCCAGCCCCGUUAAGAACGAUCUUCCGGUGGGAUUCCAAUACUUUUCAGAGAACACGAAGAAGGUUGGUUCAGAAGAAUCUGAACAAAUGGAUUACUGCCCGUUUAUUAAGGCAUUACCUCAGAAGAGCUGCAUCGAUGGGGAGCAGAACCAAAUGCCUGGAAGUGUAAUUGCUAACAACUCACGUUGUGUGCAGGGUAAGGAACUAAAGACUAUCAAAGAUGAAGCAGCAGUUGGUGCCGUGUGUGUGGAGGUGUCUUGCAAGUUCAAGAAGGUAAUUGUGCGGUACAGUGGAAACAAUGAUUGGUACAGUUGUCCUGAAGGAAAAAAUCUAACUGUGAAGGGGGAUGUGCUGAAGGGUGAAAUUGUGUGCCCCAAAUACGCUGAUGUGUGCAAUACAAUCAACAAAACUCUGGAUGAAUCAAAAGGUCCAGCAACAGACCCAGACCCUGUUAAAGAAGUCAAAACAAGUGAAACAGAAGUUGAGAAAACCACUGCACUGUCGGAUGGUACUCAACCCGUCACUGAGACUACUGGAACCGCAAUACCAAGUGAAAGUGCUGCUGGUAGCGAGGAGGUUACAGCGCCGGUGGUACAAAAUGGGGCAAGUACGACCACAGAAUCAAAACCCAGUGAAACCAAGGAAGAAAACAUUACCUCAUUUUUGAGUGGGCAGAAUAAUAAUAUUGUUGCGAAAAAAGGUACUGAUGGUUCUUUUAAAGCUUCUGUUUUCGCGAGUGUUAUGUUUGUUUUCUUGACACUCUCUGUGAUAAUGGCUCCAUGA